AUGUACAACAAGCUUAUACAGUCUCCAAUUGUACUCCUCUCCGUGCUUUGCAUUGUCUCGGCUAAACCAUUGUCCAUAAUACAACCAGAUCACCCGCCGCUGGCCGCUGAACUGAGCUCUCGUGUGGCCGCACACACGUCCCGGCUGCAGGAGCCCAAGCAAGACGCGCGUCUCCCUAUACCUACAGCUCAGGACCUGGAAGCGGUCAGAAAGAUUGCGCAAGUCCUCGUCAUGCUAGGCCAACAGGUAAUACCAGCUCUAAUCGGCGGAACAGGAGCUGGAAAUGGGGGCACAACAGUUACGGAGAUACCCAACGAUAUAGUUAAUAGCCUUUAAUAUAUAUUUAGAUAAAAAGUGUAAGAACAAUAAUGUAAAAGGGGCAAGGGUAUAUCAAUAAAAGGGUAUGAUGCUUAUGGCGUGAACGUUUGAUCAAAAUUUAAGCAAACAAUUGCAAUUAGUUUUAAAAUGAUGUAAUCCUUUCUUUAAUACCAGUAUUAAUAACAGUUCAUCUCCGAUGCUUGAGAUAAUUUUUUUACACAGAAUAAUAAUAGGUUCUUUAUUUAAAAGAAAUACUAUAAAAUAUUUUCUAAUAGUAUUGAAAUAUAUUUUUUGUUACUGUUUUUGAGACUGAUACCAUAAUCUUGUUAAAUUAAUAACCAAUUUAUUAUUACCGUUUGUUAGCAUGUUUAAAAAAUGUAUCGUUGUAUUUACUUAAUAAUGAUAGCAUUUAAGGAUGUACAAAA